CACAGUUCUCUUCAUACAUCCUGCCUUUACUGCAGCUCACUGACAUGGAGUUCUCUCCCGGACUCCUCACUCCUUUUCUUCUUGCUCUUUUCUUGAUUUUUUUUAUAAGAAAGUUGUUUGGGAAGACAGGAGACCUUCCUCCAGGUCCCAGACCUCUGCCGAUCAUAGGAAACUUACUACAGCUCAAGAGUCGAGAGAUACACCAACCCAUACUGGAGCUCAGUAAGAAGUAUGGACCCGUCUACACGCUGUAUAUAGGCCCAAAGCCUGCUGUGGUGCUCUGUGGAUUCCAAGCUGUGAAAGAAGCCCUUGUGGACAAUGGGGACAAGUUUAGUGGACGAGCAGAGUUCCCGAUAGUAGAUCUAACCAGCAAAGGAUACGGCAUUGCAUUCAGUAAUGGAGAACGCUGGAAAGAAUUGAGGAGGUUUUCGCUCAGCACUCUACGUAAUUUUGGAAUGGGAAAACGAAGCAUUGAGGAGCGGAUUCAAGAAGAGAUUCAGUGUCUGCUAGAUGUUUUUCAAGAAAAAAAUGGUUCCCUCUUUAGCCCAGCGUUUCUUCUCCGCCGCUCCAUCUCUAACGUCAUCUGUUCUGUCAUCUUUGGAGAAAGAUUUGAGUACACGGACCCCAAGCUACAGACGCUGCUAGACCUUGUCGCUGAGAAUCUCAGAAGGGUGGACAACAUUUGGGUUCAGUUGUACAAUUUCAUACCAUCAAUUCUAAGCUAUUUCCCGGGGCCUCAUCACAAGCUGCAGGAGAACUACCAAGCACAGCUGGACUAUGCAGAAGCCAUAGUGCGGGAACACGAGGCAACACUGGACCCCGCUGCCCCCCGAGACUAUGUUGAUGCUUUCCUCAUAAAGAUGCAACAGGAGAGCAAGAAUCCACAUUCAGAAUUCAAUCUACCAAAUUUACUUUCUUCAUCGCUGGAUAUAUUUUUUGCAGGACAGGAAUCCGUCACCAGUACUCUGGGAUAUGGACUUCUAAUUCUAUUAAAGUAUCCAAAUAUAACAAAAAAGGUCCAAGCUGAGAUAGUAGAUGUGAUUGGAAGGACACGAAGGCCUUGUAUGGAAGACCGAGCCAAAAUGCCCUACACUGAAGCUGUCAUCCAUGAAUUCAUGAGAUUCAUUGACUUCUUUCCUCUUGGUGCCCCCCAUGCUGUGACAGAGACUACUAUUUUUCGGGGUUACACCCUACCUAAGGGUACUAUGAUCUUCCCAUUCUUACAUUCUGUACUGUAUGACCCAACUGUGUUCAAAAGUCCCCAUGAAUUUGAUCCUGAACACUUUCUGGACGAAAAUGGGUUGUUUAAGAAAUACGAGGGCUUCAUGGCCUUCUCUGCAGGAAAGAGAGCUUGUCCUGGGGAAGGCUUGGCACGCAUGGAGCUAUUCCUGUAUUUGACAUCCAUCUUUCAGAAGUUUGACAUACGCUCUGACAUCCCUCCAGAAGACAUAGACCUUUCCCCCAAAUACAGUGGCCUUGGAAAAAUGGCUCCAACUUUCCAAAUUAGAUUUAUCCCUAUAUUAGAUAAUGAGUAAAUUUCAGACUUUUGCUGCGGAUACUUCCCAAGAAUACCUCUUAUUGGAUCACAAAGGAUUGUUAUUCCUCUUUUCUAAUUCUUUUUUUCCUUACCUAAUAAGUAAGAUUUUUAGUGUGCAAAAUUAGAAGAAAAUAAAACGUAUA